ACACUUGGCCAUCAUGGAACCCACCCAAACAAAAGAAAACAAAACGGGACCCACCUACCUUUCCAGUAACGAUGAUACCCUUGCCGUCAGCUUCGACCUGAAAACAGGCCACUCAUCAGCCGAUUCUUCGAUGAGCCGUUGGCAAAGUUUUAAAUACUCGUUCCAGAGAGCUGAGCCGGGUGACGUGCCUCCCCCCAAACCUAUCUCCAAAAGGCACCUUAACUUGAUGGCCCUAAGUACCGGGUUGGGUACGGGGUUGUUGGUAGCGUCUGGGGAGAAGUUGCGAAAUGCGGGCCCGUUGUUCCUAUUAGUGGCAUACGCCAUCGUUGGGUAUUUGAUGCUCAUUCCCACCAUCUACUCGGCCGGAGAGUUGUCGGUGGCCUACAGUAACCUCCAGGGGGGAUUUCAGAGCUACUACUCGAAGUUCAUUGAUGACAGUGCUGCGUUCGCGUUGGGCUGGAACUAUAUGAUCCAAUGGAUGUCGGUGGUAUCAUUGGAGUUGGUGACGGCGUCGAUGACCGUCAAGUACUGGACUGACAUCAACUCGGACGUGUUUGUGGCGAUCUUUUUGACGGUGGUGAUUUUGAUCAAUUUGGCAGGUGCCAAGGGCUACGCGGAGGCCGAAUUCAUCAUGAACUCAACCAAAUUGGUGAUGUUGACCGGGUUUAUUAUCUUUGGGUUGGUGGUAGACUUGGGUGGAACCUCCCACGGAUUUGUCGGUGGCAAGUACUGGCGUCACCCCGGUGCUUACACCAAUUUCAAGGGUUUAUGCUCGGUGUUUGUGGCAUCUGCGUUCUCCUUGGGAGGAACCGAGUUUAUUUCCUUGAGUAUCGCCGACCAGGCCAACCCCCGUAAGGCCAUGUCGUCCGCGUGUCGGUUGGUAUUCUUCCGUAUCACCGUGUUCUUCUUGGGGUCCUUGGUAUUUGUGGGGUUGUUGGUACCAUACACUUCUGACCAGUUGAUGGGCUCGGGUGGAGCUCAAACCAACGCAUCGCCAUUUGUGAUUGCGGCACAAACAUACACCCACGUCUUAUCGCACGUCAUCAACUCGGUUAUUCUUGUCAGCGUCACCAGCGUGGCCACUAGUGCCAUGUACUCAUCACCUCGGUUGUUGUUGUCGUUGGCUAAACAGGGAUUGGCCCCAAAAUAUUUUGACUACGUCGACAAGGCCGGCCGCCCGUUCCGCGGCUGGGUGGUGACUGUCAUUGCAUCAUUCUUCUCAUUCAUCGCCACCUACUCCGACCAAGACGCCGUGUUCACCUGGUUGUUGUCGAUCAGUGCCUUGUCGUUUGUGUUUGUAUGGCCGGCUAUUUGCGUGUGCCAGAUCAGAUUCAGAAAGGCCUUGAAGCUCCAGGGCAUUUCUCUCAGUUCGUUGGGGUACGUUUCGCCCACCGGUGUGAUUGGCUCGUACUCUUCCAUUGUCAUUAAUGCACUUAUCUUGGUGGCCCAGUUCUGGGUGGCCUUGUUCCCCAUUGGUGGAGAUGGCAAGCCCGAUGUCAACGCGUUUUUCCAAAACUAUUUGGGUGUCGUGUUCAUGGUGGUGUUCUACUUUGGCCAUAAGAUCUGGACUUGGAACUGGCAGUUUUUGAUCCCCUUGGACCAAAUCGACAUCAACGCUGACAGAACCAUCUACGACGAAGAGAUCAUGGAGUUGGAGCGCAACGAAGAAAAGGAACGGUUCCGCCACUCCCCCUGGUACAAGAAGGCGGUGAUGUGGAUGUUCUCUCUUUAGAAAUGACAUACGAAUACACAUACAUC